AACAAAAAAUGGCAUAUCCAAACAUUUUCUAAAAAUAAUGAAUACAAAGUUUGAGAUUUUGUUAAAACAUUGAAUUUUUUAAUUUUUGUAGCAGGGUUUAAACUUUGAUUGAUAUGGUUUUUGUUGUAGAAUGAACUAUUUUUUUAUAAAAAAAAUUAUAAAAAUUAGUUUGGAAAAAUAUAAAUAGUAAAAACUUGUCUAUAUGGGUGGACUUAGCUGGCACUAUUUUUCGCUUAUUAUUUGUUUUUUUUUUCUACUGGCACUAUUUAAAAAUCUGUUUCUAUGUACAUAGAUACAUACAUACUUUGUAUUUAUUUAGGUAGGGAGAUAAAAAGCAAUCAAACCGAUGGAAAACCUAGCAAAAAGUGUGCAAUUAUAAAUUAGUGGCAUUCGCUAAAUGUAUGUAUUGCUGUUGUCGUUUGAGCGGUUGUUGCUGUUGUUUUCGCUGAGUGAAUUAAAAUAACGUAAGACGACGCGACGCGCAAGCCGCAAUACAAUUCUAUAUGCGUAGCUACGACAUCACCAAACGGGGCAAUUCGAUUCGUGCAUUUAAAUACGCAUAACAGCUGAAUUGCGAUCAUCCGUCCAUGCGGACUGCCAAAAUUCGGUCCGCUUGCGGAAAGCAUUUCUUUAAGCCAAGUUAGCUGACGCGUCGCGCGAGUGCUAGCCAACGAAGUGAUUGAAAUAAGCAAGCGUAAAUAAAAUUGAACAUAAAAAUAGAAAAAAAAAGAAAACUCAUUAUGAAAUCAAUGCACGUCGUUUUUUUAUUUUCAAUUCUUCCUUUUAUUCGAUUCUCCUAUCGUGCUCCCCACAGCCUGCCUACGAACCUUCUUACCGCCUUACUUCGGUUUACCUUUACUUAUGCAUAUGUAUAGAUGUACAUACAUAUGUAGGUGUGCAUAUACAUAUGGCGGUAUGUAAUAUGUUCAUAUUUAAAUAAAUCAGUGUUCAGGCAGUGGUGAUAAAAUGCACACAUACACCGGUGAAAUAGUGGAUUUAGUCUUCUAGGCAGUGUUUUACUGCGGUGGGUGCGUAGCUGUGAAGGGAGUGCUGGUAGUUACCACCAAUAAUCCUCAACGUUCGAUACUAAAGCAAUAAAGCUGCCUUUACAUGAGGCGAUUUUUUGACAUGCGAUAAUCGCCUGCAAAAGUUGACUUGCUGUCUACUUUGAGGCAACCGAUUUUUGAACCAGCAUUUACACGAGCAACUUUUCUGGAGCAAUGUUGAAUCGCCUAAAAAAACGCCUCAUGUAAAUGCAGCUUAAGAACUAAAAAGACGGUGACGACAUUUUAAUAUUUAGUAGCAAUGCGAUGUAUUUAUGUAGUUAUAAAAACUGUCAUCAACUUACGAGUGACUGCAAAGCCCCUUGAGUCCAAUAUGAAUUUUAAUUAUUGAGAGCUAUGUAAUUAUGGGCGCGUACAAAGGAAAGAGAAGCCGUAACUUGUGAGAGGGCGAGUGAGUUUUUAUGGAAGUGAAUGAAAGUAAAUACUACAGUACUGCGACUGCGGCAGUAAGCAGCCGUAAUUCGUAUCCGCAUUGCCGAUAAGUUUUCCGAUAAUUGAAGGAAUUUAAUUCCAAACACUACGAACUAAUCUUUGCGAUGAUCAAAAUUAGACUGAAAUCAUUCAUUUGCGGACAUCAUCGUUUUUUGAUGUUGACCACGCUUAUUUUCUGUACCUGCCCGCCUUAUUUGACGCAAGCCAAAAGUUUGGUUGACAGCCGCUCGCCCAGUUUGCGGACCUUUCACGUGGUCAAUAUCACUCUCAGUCCCAGCGUUGUACACACCAAAGCCGUAGUGGCGCCGAAUACCGAUGUGCGUUUGACGUGCUUGCUUAAAGGGUCCAUUAAGUGGUACAAAGAAGACGAGUUCCUAAGCGCUAACAGACUGCUAGUUUUGAAGGAAGUUCAAGCGGGAAAUGCUGGUGUCUAUAGCUGCCAGGCAGAGCAAGUGCCAAUAGGGGCAAAGUACGUUAGCGUUGCAUUGAAAGUACUUGCACCUGAGCUAGCAAAGACUUCCGCCUAUACAGAAGACGACAUAGCUGAUUUUAGUAAGGUGGAAGACGAAGAAGAAGCGAAGCUGCGAAUGGAUCAAGAUGACAAAGGUACAGUGGAGGAAAAUGUGGAAGCGGAACCAGAAGAAGUCUCCAAAAGCGAGAAUGCGACUGCUUUAAAAAUUGUGCACCUGCCGAAUCCCGGCCCGCCACAGUUUCAACAAAGCUACAAACUUAUAAAUAGUUUACAGCAACCGCUUGGAAGUUUCGUGCAAUUUAGCUGCCCCGCAAUGGGAAAUCCAUUACCAAUAAUUACUUGGUGGCAUAACAAUACAAGGAUGGAUAUGACUUCUUUGCGUUUUAGGCUUAAAAAAUGGUCGCUUUUUAUUGAGCACCUGAGUAUUAUAGACACUGGCAGUUACACUUGCAAAAUUAGUAACAAAUUCGGUACCAUUGAACACAGCACACGGUUGCAUAUCGUCGGUCAGCUGCACUCUGAAAAGCCACUUAUUGCGAACAGUACACCAGCCAACCUAACGGUUAUGGUUAAUAACAGCGCGCAGUUCGAGUGCCGAGUUGAAUCACCGACCGCAGUGCAGAUUCAGUGGAUCAUGCAUAGGAAACAACUGAAUAAGGAUGAGCUAUAUUUGAAUAUCACAAAUAAUCCGAAUAUAAUUGAGUUGCCGACGAAUGCAGAAAACCCAGCCAUGUUAAAAAUAACGCAAGUGACGCCAGAUGACGAAGGCUGUUACACCUGCAUUGCUUCGAAUGAUGUAGGUAAAACGAUGGCUACAGCUUAUUUGCGAGUCAUACUUCCGAAAAGCACCAUCAUUGCCCCCAAAACUAAAUUCUUCAUUCUGGAGAAACGUACUGCCGAUUCAUCUGGUGGCCCAGCGUUAGAGAAGGAACACGAUAAACCAGCAACUGUUAGUGAUGUGGAUGUAGACAGUAAAGAUACUGCUGAUACUAACGAUGAACAGGAGGCGGUAGAAGAAAGUCCGCCACGUUUCAAAAAAGCGGAUAAGCUCAUUCAAACUGUACACAAACCAGCUGGCUCUACAAUACAACUGCAUUGUCCAGCCAAUGGCAAUCCGAUGCCGAACGUAACAUGGACGCGCAGCGCCAGCGAUCAAAAUUUCACUGAAAUUAUGCGACAUAUAGGGAAAGUAACUUACAAAAAGUGGUCCAUGCAAAUGGACGAAGUGAUUGCGGAAGAUUCGGGCGUCUACAAGUGCACCGUAUGCAAUAAGCUGGGUUGCAUAGAACAUUGCACCAAGUUAACCAUCAUGGACCGUCUGCGCUCUCGGCCCAUUCACAGUGACAAGUUUCCACAAAAUCAAACCGUUUUGACCAAUAGCAGCGCAUAUUUUGAGUGUCGUGUCGUAUCCGACCUGGAGCCCCAUAUAUUCUGGGUAAAGUACAAUACGCCAAAUGAAAGUAUUGAUAAGUUGGAGCGCAUGUUUGCCAAUGCAAACGCCAACGCGAACUCUAACCAGCCAAGCGCAAAAGAUUUCAUCAAACUAUCUGGCGAACCAGACAAACCGAAUGUCCUUCGAUUGGAGAACGUCACACAUGCGGACGAAGGUUGGUACACCUGUGUAGCAGCUAGUAAUUUGGGUGAGUCAAUGGCAAGCGCGUAUUUGCAUGUGGUUGACAAAUUGCCCAACCGGGAAGUAUACAUGAUGUGGCGGGCACAUCCUGUCUGGAUGACAGUAGCAGCAAUGGUAAUUGUGCUGCUGUUCCUUUUCGGCUCCAUCUUCAUUAUCUAUGUUUUGCGAAAGCUGAAGCAUGAAAAGUUGCUGAAGCAUCGCAUCGAAACGGUUCAUCAAUGGACCAAGAAAGUUAUUAUCUACAGGCCGUCUUCUUCCGAGGGUAGUUCCUGCGACCUCCAAAUGCCUGUGAUUAAAAUUGAGAAACAACGUACCACAUUUCAGGCUUCAAACAUGGAUUCGUCGCAAGCUUUUAAUGAAUAUGAAUUUCCGCUCGACUCCAAUUGGGAGAUACCGCGUACGCAACUGAACCUAGGCUCGACGCUAGGUGAAGGAGCUUUCGGACGUGUAGUCAUGGCAGACGCGUGCAAUUUACCACGUACCGCCAAUAACUCUUCGAGCAUAGUUGCUGUAAAAAUGGUAAAAGAGGAGCACACGGAUGCAGACAUGGCUAGUUUAAUAAGGGAAAUGGAAGUAAUGAAAAUGAUCGGGAAGCAUAUUAACAUCAUCAACUUGCUGGGCUGUUGUACACAGAAUGGGCCGCUUUGGGUCAUUGUGGAAUUCGCACCUCAUGGAAAUCUGAAAGACUUUCUGAAAAAGAAUAGGCCACUUUUUGUUGGCAGUCCGAGUUUGCAGCGUAGCAGCGACUGCCUGGAGGAUAUGCCGCAGCUAACUGAGAAGAAUUUGGUGUCUUUUGCGUUUCAGAUUGCACGUGGCAUGGAAUACCUUGCUUCACGUAGGUGUAUUCAUCGGGAUUUGGCGGCUCGCAAUGUCCUCGUGAGUGACGACUAUGUUAUGAAGAUUGCCGACUUCGGCUUGGCGCGCGAUAUACAGGAUACAGACUAUUACCGAAAGGCCACCAACGGUCGUUUACCCAUCAAGUGGAUGGCGCCCGAGUCGCUACAAGAAAAGUUCUACGACUCACAAUCGGAUGUGUGGUCCUAUGGUGUAUUAUUGUGGGAGAUUAUGACUUUUGGAGAGCAGCCCUAUCCCAAUAUUAUGUCUGCGGAGGAGCUCUACAGUUACUUAAUAACUGGUCAGCGAAUGGAGAAGCCAGCACGAUGUUCACUCAAUAUAUAUAUGCUAAUGCGGCAGUGUUGGCAUUUUGACGCCAACGUACGACCGACAUUUGGGGAGAUUGUAGAGAAUUUGGACAAGAUUCUUCAGCUGGCAUCAAAUCACGCAACUAAUGAAGAGUAUUUGGAUCUAUCUAUGCCGAUGCUUGAGACACCCCCAUCAUCGAGUGAUGAUGAAUCCGAACCGGAUACUUUUCAAGAAACGUCUCCGUUGCGCUAUCAAUACACAUACAAAUUUUAUUGAAGAGAUUAGCAUUUAUGCAUUAUACGAAAUGUGUAAGCAAAGUAAGGCUUAAACAUACUAAUACCCAGUAGUUUUUAAGAGCAAUUUUAUACUUUAUACUUAAGUGCAUCUGUUGUGAAACUACGAAAAGACUUAAUCCAUCGCAUGUCAUUUGCUAAAUUUAGUAUAUCAGAUAAGCACAAGAAAAAAAAUUGUAGAUUACGCGUUACUUUAAUUUAAAGUUAAGAAUAUCAUAAGCGUAUUUAUAUA